AUGGCGGUUGCGCGCAGAAAACCUUUGCAAAACAGGCAAGUGGCGUCUCUUUUCCUUUUUUGGUGUGUAUCUGUGGGGGGUGCAAACACCAUCCGCUAUUCAGUGGCGGAGGAAAUGGAGAGCGGCUCAUUUGUAGCUAAUGUGGCUAAGGACUUAGGGCUGGAGGUGGGGAAGCUGGUUGCGCGAGGGGCGCGGCUAGUUUCCGAGGGCAACAAGCUGCAUUUCCGGCUUCACCGCAAGACUGGAGAUUUAUUCGUAAAGGAGAAACUAGAUCGGGAGUCACUCUGUGGUAAAGCUGACCCAUGCGUUCUGCACUUUGAAAUUGUCCUAGGAGAGCCGCUGCAGUCCUUCCGUGUGGAAGUCAGGGUAUUUGAUAUCAAUGACAAUGCCCCAAUUUUCCAAAACAAGGAGCCACUUUUAAAGAUUCCGGAGAGCACUCCUUUGGGUUCACGUUUUCCUCUGCAGAGCGCUCAGGACCUGGACGUGGGCCUUAACGGACUCCAAAACUACACCCUAAGCGCCAACGCAUAUUUUCACCUGCACACCCGCUUCCGGAGCCACGGACCCAAAUAUGCCGAGUUGGUGUUGGAUAAACCUUUGGAUAGAGAGGAACAGGCUGAAGUUAACCUAACAAUUAAGGCGGUGGACGGCGGGUCCCCGCCCAAGUCUGGCACCGCCCACAUUCGCGUGGUGGUUCUGGAUGUCAACGACCACGUGCCUCAGUUCUCACGAUUGGUGUAUCGCGCUCAGGUACCGGAGAAUAGUGCCAGUGGUUCUUUAGUGGUCACAGUGACUGCCACGGAUCUAGAUGAGGGCACCAACAAGGAGAUAACUUACUCUUUAGCUCAAAACCCAGAAGCAAUUCUUCAGACGUUUCAGAUUGAUUCUGAGACUGGAGAGGUUCGACUCCGAGGGCCCCUAGAUUUUGAAGCUACAGAAACAUAUGACAUUGAUGUUCGAGCUACGGAUGGAGGAGGCCUCUCUGCCCACAGCAAAGUCCUUGUGGAAGUGAUGGAUGUAAACGACAAUCCUCCUGAAGUGAUGGUCUCCUCUGUGUCUAGCCCUCUGCCUGAGGACUCCCCGCUACAGACUGUGGUGGCCCUCUUUACUGUCCGAGACCGGGACAUCCGAGUGGGAGGAAAAAUCACUUGCUUCCUCAGAGAAGACUUUCCCUUUGUAGUGAAGCCUACAUUCCGAAAUUCUUAUUCAUUGGUGACUGACAGAAGCUUGGAUCGUGAGGCUGUCUCAGGCUAUAAUAUCACUCUUGUUGCCAUGGACACCGGACCACCCAACCUGUCCACAGAGACUGUGAUAGAGGUGCUAAUAUCUGACAUUAAUGACAAUCCUCCAAUGUUUCAGAAAGAUUCCUACAUCUUGACUGUUCGAGAAAACAACAGUCCUGCAGUUUUUAUUGGUAAAGUCCAUGCUGAGGAUCUAGAUUUGGGUGAGAAUGCCCAAGUGACAUAUUCUCUGUUGCCUCCAAAAAGUGGGGAUCUAUCAGUUUUUGCUUACAUCUCCAUAAAUUCAGACAAUGGGAAGCUCUAUGCUUUGAGAACUAUGGAUUAUGAAGCCAUUCAAGAUUUUCAGUUUGUGGUAAAGGCAACUGAUGGGGGCUUCCUGACACUGAGUAGCCAAGUUUCUGUUAGAGUGGUUGUCCUGGAUGACAAUGACAACCGUCCAAUGAUCUUGUACCCACUACAGAAUGGUACUUUGCCCUGCAAUGACCUGGUGCCCAGGUCUGCAGAGGCAGGCUAUCUGGUGACCAAAGUGGUGGCUGUUGAUGGUGAUUCAGGUCAAAAUUCUUGGCUUUCAUACCAUCUACUUAAAGCCACUGACCUUGGGUUAUUCUCUGUUCAGUCACAAAAUGGGGAAAUCCGAACAUUGAGGCAGAUAUCUGAGAGAGACCCCAUGAUGCAGAAACUGACUAUUCUUGUUCAGGAUCAUGGUCAACCAGCUCUUUCCACUACUGCCUCACUCAAUAUCCUGCUGGUAGAUGGCUUUUCAGAGCCCUAUCUGAGGUUCUGGGAUCCAUCCAAGGAUUCUAGAAAGGUAAAUUCAACCACUAAAUAUUUGGUUAUUUCUCUGGCUGUGCUUUCCUUUCUGUUUCUUCUCUCUGUUACAGUGAUCUUCAUUAUUCACAUCUACCAGAAGAUUAAACACAGAGACAAGUUCACAAUUCAAGAGCAUUUCUUUGAUGACUGUAACUUCCCUAACAACCUGGUGCAAGGAGAAGGCAAUGGAUCCUUAUCCCAGCCUUGUCCAUAUGAAAUAUGCUCAGCCUCUGGCACUGGCAAUAGUGAGUUCCGGUUUCUUAAGCGCUUUAUGCCCAACUUUCCUUUCCCUCACGCCACUGGAGAGGUGAAAACAGAGGACAGAUCCAGUUUACCAACAGAUUCUAAUAGGAAUAGGUCUCGGAGGUCAGAUGACCAUAACCAGGUAUCUGAUGACUAUAUGUAG